AUGGACAGUCCGACGCAAGCAGCGACAUUUAUCCCUACUUCGUCGACCGUGGUAGUGCAAAACUGCGACGAACUUUUCGAUUACCCUGAACUGUCGGCUGCUCCGGAUAUCGGAUGGCCGGAUAUUUUCAAUUCUGGCGUAUUUGUGUUUUGUCCCUCAGAGGAAACGUUUCAUGCUUUGCUGCAAUGUGCUCUUGUGAGCGGUAGCUUCGACGGCGGCGAUCAAGGCUUGCUCAACACUUUCUUUGGCGAUUGGUGUUUGAAAGGUCCUUCACAUCGCUUGCCGUUCAUUUAUAAUACAAGUUCAAGCGUCAUUUAUUCCUACCUUGCGGCAUAUCGACGCUAUGCUUCUCACGACUACUGCCCUUGUCAGGAAUGGGGCUGUCGAGAGGUGGUAGGAUUCUGUUGGGGCGCGGGGUAUGUAUAGGU